AUGUCAAGCAACACUACUGGCACGUCCGCUUCCUCUCACCAAGUGGUUGAAAAUGACUACUUCGGCUCCAACCCGCCUCCUAAGGCGCUUCCCAAACAUGUUGCCGCGGCCGAAUCCUUCAUAAAUCACCACGCAGCGGCUGGGAGACGUGUGGUCCUCGUCACUUCAGGCGGGACUACGGUGCCGCUAGAAAAGCACACCGUGCGCUUCAUCGACAACUUUAGCGCUGGCACGCGAGGCGCCACAUCCGCUGAGUAUUUCCUGGAGUCAGGAUACGCCGUUAUUUUCCUGCACAGGCAGUUCAGCCUCUUGCCCUACAGCCGACAUUACAGCCACUCGACGGAUUGUUUCUUGGACUUCUUGCACGAAAAUCCAGACGGUAGUGUCGUGGCGAACCCGUCCCAUCAGGAUAAGAUGCUGCGCGUAUUGCGAGAGUACAACGCUGCGAAGCGGCAAAACCUCCUGUUGAUGCUGCCGUUCGUCACCAUCACCGACUACCUGCACGAGUUGCGCGCGGUGGCGCAGUUGAUGCGGCCCCUAGGGCCCAAUGGCCUGCUGUACCUCGCCGCCGCCGUGAGCGAUUUCUUCGUCCCGGCCGAUCGCAUGUCGGAGCACAAAAUACAGAGCAUGGAUGUGACAGAAAUUCUGAAGCAACAAGGACCGACAACCCAGACGACGGAGCCGCGGGAGGUACAGCAAGAGGAAGAGACGUUUGACAACUUCGACUCGUCGCCCGCCGUACCGCGGAGCAAGCGCCUCAUCGUCGACCUGGACCCCGUUCCCAAGUUCCUGAAGAAUCUCGUGGAUGGCUGGGCCCCCGAGGGCAUGAUCGUCUCCUUCAAACUGGAGACGGACCCGGCCAUCCUAGUCUACAAGGCCAAGUACUCGCUCGAAAGAUACCAGCACCACCUCGUAAUCGGCAACCUUCUGUCGACACGCAAGUGGGAAGUCGUGUUCGUGGCGCCCGGGCACAAGGACAGGUGGAUCCGUGUCCCCAUCAGUCGGCGCAAGAAGACGCUAAGCGGCGUCGAGGAGCUAGUUGGCGCGGCGGACCGGGACUCGACCAGCGAAGCGGAUAAACCGCUGGACCCGGCGACACUACCGGAGGGCGAGCCAGAGAUCGAGAUCGAGAGUCUGAUUAUACCUGCCGUUGAGGAGUUGCAUUCGAAACAUAUCGAGGUCGCCUCCUCGAAGAAAUAG